UCCGACGGGCCGCUAAGUUCUGAGCCUCGAGCCCAACAGCAGUUGCUCACUCGGAUGCAGCGGGUCGGUGGCAGUCUCCCUAGCGGGAGCCAGUCAGCCUCCCGAUGUCCCAGCGUGGCCUUUACUGAACAGAACCAGGUGGCCACUCUACCGGUGCAGCGGCUCACGGAGGAUGUGGCAGCUGUGCGGGACAACGUCCACCCGGAAGAUGGCUUCCAGAUGAAACUGUAUGCCCAUGGCUUCACCCCCGAGGAGCUGUUGGUUCAGGUGAACAGCGGAUGCCUGGUGGUGACUGGCCAGCGACAACUGGAGGGCUGCAACCCGGAUGGGACCGGCUUCCGCGUGGCGCAGAAGGUGCACCAGCAAAUGUCACUACCACCGGACCUGGAUCCCGCUGCCAUGACUUGCUGCCUGACCCCCUCCGGCCAGCUGUGUGUCCGUGGCCAGUGCCGGGCACUGCCUCCCUCUGAGGCUCAAACAGGACCCGCCUCGAGAUUCAGAAGCCGUGGCUCUAAGAAACUAGCCUGACCCAGUAAACAACCACCGUAGUGAGCAACA